AGACUGCGGAAAGGAUCUGAAAUAGAGGCGUGACGUAUAAUUUUAUUGAACGAUAGUACAUUGAAAUAAUUUUAUACCGGCGUACGCUCCAGGCUUACAACUUACGACUUUGAGGUACAAAUGAGCUUACCUAGCUACAGGCUUUAGGUAGCAUACUGAGCAACAUCAGCGCAUCGAAUUUCAGAGGGGAUCAGGCAUGCGAAAGCCAUCAGCGUGCUCCUGUACCAACGCCUUAUCAUCAUCUUCACUUAAAACAGCCUGACAUAUGCAAUGAUGAAAAAAUGGGAUUUCCUGUGGCAUGACACGUGACUGAUUACGUCAUCUACUUUGCGUCAUCUUUUUAUAUCACAGGCUGAAAGAAUAUAAAGCACUUGCGAUUGAAAGAGCUGCUCGUAGUGCUGAAGGUCACGUGGUCGAUAUCUGAAGACAGAACAACGUUUACGGAUUUUUUUUUGUCCCCAGAACCCAUAGAAAACGCUUGGGCUGCAUGAACUGACUGCUGUCGUUGUAACGGAAUUUUUUUUACCGAAGAUUGACUGAUCUGUGCAUUUUGGAGGAAAGGUUGUCACUGAAGUACAACUGGCAGAACAGUGACCUCAUGGUUUGCCGCAAGAGGGCGCUGCCUGGAAAUUAUUCGCCCGUGUGAGGUGCGCUUUAUGGAUAUUCGAAUUGUGUAAGCCUUGAUGUGGCCUAGAGUUAGUCGACCCUCACUUGCUGGAAUUUGGUUUUUAAAGUUCCCAUGCUGUGAUGCUAUGUAACCCUGGAGAAAGGAAUUGGAAUUAACCCUAUUGGAAACGUACGAUUCUUUAUCUGUUGUAAACCUGCGACCUUUAUAUUACGCACGAAUUCAAAGCCACAGAGAUACAACCGUUAUAGGAAUAGCAGGCAAAUAAAAAAGUUUGUGAUUGUGUGACAAGCAGUGUUUGCAAAAGACCUUUAUGUGCCUUUCCAAAUUAGCCCAUUGAAAGGGUCAAUGCUUCCAUCUCGGGGAUUUAUCUGCCUUUGAUAGCAAAACUAACGGCAGGAAUUUGUGCUCAUCAGCUGUAGCUGCAAAUGUGACUGCGUCUUCCGUUCCCCUCUGUACGAAGACCAGUUAUCUCGACACCUCCUCACUCUCACAAUGGACGCGGGACGACGUACAGAGUUACUACUAAGGACAGAGGCUCACCUGCCGGAAGUGGACCCCAGGGGCGAUCCUCCAGAUCCCUUGGGAAGCUUCCCAACUCCGGCAGACUCGGAGCACGAGCUGGGGUCCACCACCCCCAAUUCCCAACUCGGGACGUUCGACUUCAAUUUCAACCAGACGUGCCCAAGUCGAGAAUCCGACACGAAUUCUGUAUGCGGACGGACAGGGGAAAGUUCCGAGGGUUCCAGGAACCAGUCGCCUCGCUUUCUGCUUCGCCAGCGUACUCAGAGAAAAAUGACCCACGAAAAGGUUCGCCUUAAACGCCAAACUCUCCAGGACAUGGCUCGGCCGUUAAAACAGUGGUUAUUCAGGAACCGAAAUAACCCAUACCCUACCAAGACAGAAAAAAUGUCCCUAGCCAGGGUGUCCAAAAUGACAUUGACCCAAGUGUCCAAUUGGUUCGCAAACGCGCGACGCAGGCUGAAGAACACAGUUCGCGAUCCGGACCUCAACUGGGCUUCACGGAUUAAACUCUAUAAUAACUACGCCGUGGGCAAUGCCGAGCUGUUCAGCAUUAGUUCCAAUGACAGCAUAUGGGAUUCCGAAGAAGAUACGGAAGACCAGCGACAAAGUACAUUCCCGGAGAGUAAUAACUCUGUUUUGAUCUCAUCAACAUCCGACUCGAAUCGACACUCUCAGACGCAGUGUCCUGCACUGUCGCGGGCUGCGGUGGCAGCGCAUGCGUCCCAAAAGCUGCUGGUGAACCGGAAAUCCGGCCUGGAGGACUCGGUUGCAGAGGAUUAUGGGGGACCGGCCAAAUAUAAACACACGAUUUUACAGCGUUACCUUAACGAUUCUUACCAUCACUCCAACAUCCACAUCGACCCGGAGCCGGUCAUGUCCGGCAGGUACAGGCGACAGUCAGGGUCAUUAGGAUCACGUGACUAUGAGGAAAUGUCGACGUCAUCAGGGUCUACACCGCUAACAGAGGGUAACCACUGUAUGUUGGAUGAUUUAACGGACGAAGUGGAAUUGCUGGCGAAAAAACGGAGGCGAACUGAUGAAAAUGGCAGGAAUGCGGAGGAGUACUACUGGAAAGAAAUAAGUGCGGCGUUAGCGCUUACAAGUUUGGCAAGGAGUCGGAAAGAUUCGGGGUGAAUAGAACAACGCCAACUUUUGAAGAUUUUCUUCUCUAUUUUAAUUCUGGAAAAUUUUUAAUGUGACUUCUGUGAAACAGUCCGAAACGAACACAAAGUUGUUUCUUUAUAAUAAAGAACAAUAAUUUGGAUUCAGUUCCGGAAAAUCCAAUCAGCUCACAUCAGACGGACGCAAUCCACCAAUCAGGGGCCUUCAUCUUUUAUUUUUAUUAUUUUUUUUGUUGGGUUUAUCCUGACAACUGGUAUGAUGCCGUCAUCUGCAACGAUCGGCAAUGAACAGCCAUUGUUGGCAGUGGUCGGCAUAUGCCAGAGAGCUUCGGCAGUCAUCGGCAGCGUCCGCCAAAGUUUAGCCGUCGUGCGCCUUAUGUACAAGGGUUUCUGUGUGCGGUAGGCUUAUUUUGGCUGCAUUGUAGUGCUACCGCUAAACCGACGCUUGUGGUUAUGUCGAAAACUUGAACCUGGCAAACUGUUCGCGGCUUUGCAAAGGGUUUUUUCUUUUCUUUUUGUUCGUUUUAUUGGAAAUGUUAUAGAACUCUUGCACAGAGCAACAUUUUUUUUCUUUGACAGGGCAUGAAUUUGCAUAAUUUGUAUGGCUCCAUGUUCAGUUAGGUGUUCAGUUAGGUGUCAACUUUGGGUGCGACAUUUAAUGAAUUCACACUUUUUCUUAGGACUGUGUAACAUCGUGCAUGUGUUGCAUAAAGGUCUAAACUGUAGAUGUAUAUACGUCUAGGGGACAUAACUCCUCGCCAUAUAUCGCAUUAUCUUACUUUUCUCCCAGGUGGCGCUUUUUGGAGUCAUGUUCAUUUUGCAAAAUAUUUGUUUCUCUGUUUUCUUCAAGGAAACUUGUCAAGAUGAAAAAUAUAUAUAAAAUCAGGACUUUUAUUGUAAAAAAUGGCGUAUAUGGUAAUUACUGUUAUAGUUAGAUGAUAUGCCAAAUUUAUCUUUAAUAUUGUUGAAAAAAUCGGGCAGCAUGAACGAAAGUGUAUGACGCAUGCGUGUAAGAAACACUGUCAGGUACAGAGUCUCCAGUUGUUAUACCUAUACAGUUGUAUGUCUUCAUCUUCACAAGAGAAAUGGGGCGUUCUGUUAUAUUUUAGUGUCCUGUCUGUAAUGUAUUGUCUGCACGCUAUAUUAAAUCUAUACUUUUUCAUGAAAA